AAGAGGAGAUCAAGCUUUAAUCCCGAUAUCCAUCUUUCAAAAGUUCCCAGCUCAGUUCCUUUAAUAUUUAUUUAUUGCAUUUUAUGCCUGUGUUAAAAUGCAGAUUUGUGUGUGAUUCUCCUGUAACUUGGUCUGUGAUAGAUUUAUUAAAUAUGGUUUAAUUUAUACAAUUCAGCUUAUCUGAAUUCACUUCUGUGUGAUUUUAAACUUUUGUAUUUUCAGAAAAUGUAAAGGCGGACAAUGGCGGACGGAAAAAUUGACAAAGAACGUCACAGAUAUCCUUACUGUAUAGUAUGGACUCCCAUACCUUGUCUCAGCUGGCUUUUCCCAUUCAUCGGUCAUAUGGGAAUAUGCAUGUCAUCGGGCGUUAUCCGAGAUUUUGCCGGACCAUAUUAUGUGUCAGAGGAUAACAUGGCAUUUGGAAACCCAACCAGAUAUUGGGAGUUGGAUCCUAGUAAAGCUGUUGGGGGAGCUGUUGGAUGGGAUAAUGCUGUUGCAGAAGCAUCAGAAAUAUACUCAAAAAGAAUGCACAACUUGAUAUGUGACAACUGUCACAGCCAUGUAGCCCGAGCUCUGAACCUGAUGUACUAUGAUGGAUCCACUAGCUGGAACAUGGUGACUCUCUGCUUCAUGAUGUUGAUCAGGGGAAAGAACGUGUCCAUGAUGGGAUGUUUAAAGACCUGGAUACCUGCGCUGAUAAUGACUACUGGAAUGGUUCUGCUGAUUAUAUUCUCUACUGUACCUAUACACUAAAUUUAUUUAUUAAUAUUUUAGUUUUUUCAAUUUUUGAUCCUUCUAGAUGCUCUUUUUUAUCAGUAUUAAACCAUGUGAUUAGAAUUUCACUAAAUUUUCAAUUCUAUAAUGUCUUGUACCAUUUUUUCAGGGCUAUGUAAAUUUCCAAACUUGGAUUAUUUAAUAAAAACAUUUUUCAGUUGUUAA